AUGAUCAAAUUGCCUGAUAUAAAAGUAGACUUUGCUCUUAAGACUCACGACUCGGAAAUAGACAUUUAAUAUUUUUUUGAGCAGUACAAAGGUUCAACGAAAUUGUCAUUUACUUCAUAGCUUAGCUUACAAUUUUCUAUUAUCUUGGGCAAUUACUUGAAAUUUGUUAAGAAUAUCACUCAUUUAGAUAUCAAAAUACUACCAAAUUAAAUCAGUUCAGCUGGUAUAAGUGGUAUCGCAAAAGGACUUUGGUUUCUUGAAAAUCUAAAUUAUUUAUCUCUUGAGAUAUAAAAUAAUAAUAUAAGCGAAUAAGGAUGCUGGGGUUUAUGCUAGGGUUUGUAGACACUCCAGGGUUUAAAGACAUUUUAUUUAAUUAUUGGAGAGUGUAAUUAUAUUAAAGAUUAAGGAGUAGAGGCAAUAAGCUAAUCAAUAAAACAUCUUUUUUAAUUAGAAAAACUUGCUUUAGUCUUUUAGGAAAACUAAUUAGGUUCAGAUAGUGGUUAGCAUUUAGGCCAAGGUAUUAAAGACUUGAAAAAACUUAAAAAAUUUUUGUUAACAAUUGAACCAGGAAAUUAAAUUCUUUCAGAAGGAGCCUAAGGAAUAUCUAAAGGCUUAAGAUAAUUAAAUAAUUUGGAAGUUUUACAAAUAAUAAUAACUCACAAUAAAAUUGGGAAAGUGGGAUUUGACAGUCUUGGUGAAGCUUUAUAUAGCUUAAAAAGUUUAUAGAAACUAUCAUUAAGCUUAACUUAAGUAAAUAUUAAAUUGAAUGAAUCAAAUGCGAUAAGCUAAGCAGUUAAAAAAUUAACAAAUCUUAAUUAUCUCUUUUUAGAUAUAUAGAAAGAUUAAGAAAUAGGUUCAUCAAUUUCUAAUUUAGUUAAUUUAAGUUACUUAAAUAUCAAACUCUCUGAUAAGAUUGGUCUUUUAGGAGUAAUAAAUUUUGGCUAGGGUUUAAAAAGGCUAAGCAAUUUAAAUGAGCUGUAUAUUCUAGUUGAAAAGUUUAACAAUACGUAGGUUUAAGGUGUUUAAGAGAUUUGUGAAUCUCUAAAAAACUUGUAAAAUUUACAAAAACUUUCUUUUAUAAUUGAAAACAAUAAUUCCAUCUAAUCUGAGGGAGCUGUGCAUAUAGGAAAUUCACUAAAGUUUUUGAAAAAAUUGAAGUAUUUAAAACUUCAUAUUCUUAGAGAUAAUAAUAUUUCAUUCGAGGGUGCUCAAAAAAUAGGUGAAAGCUUUUCAGAAUUAUAAAAUUUAUAGACUUUGAACUUAGAAAUAGGAGAUCUGAAUCAUAUAACCUCAUAAGGUUUGAUUUCAAUUUCUGAAGGGAUCAGUAAUUAAAUGAGCUUGUAAGAUCUUAAAAUAAUAGUCAAAAGCUAAAAUUAAAUAAAUAAUCAAUAAGGAUACAACACCUUUUCUAAGAAUAUAAAUAAGCUAAAAUAAUUAACUAAUUUUCAUUUUGAAAUAGGCUGUGAAAAUUUAAGUUAAAUAGGAGAAAUUUAUACCGAUAUGAAAAACUUGCAGAAACUAUCUAUUAUUAUUGCUACAGAGAAUCAUAUUAGAAAUAGUGCAGGGAUUGGAUUAGGGUUUCAUAAUUUAACUAAUUUAACAAAUUUAACAUUAUAAAUUGAUUCUGGAAAUGAGUUAGGCGAAGAUGGUGUUUGCAAAAUUGCAACAGGUUUAUCUCAUUUGUUAAAUUUAACUCAUUUAAGACUUACAUUUGGAAGCAAAAAUCAUGUAAAAAAUGGAGGGGUUAUUGGACUAGGAAGAAAUAUUUCAGCGUUAAAAAAAUUAGAAGAAUUGUAUUUAUAAAUAUUUGAAGAUAAUUAAAUUGGAGAAGAAGGAAUACUCAGCCUCAGUAGCGAACUGUCAAAAUUGCAGUCACUAAAAAAGCUAGAUUUAAAUAUUUAUGAGCCUUAUGUAAUUUCUGCAAUAGCAUUAUUAGAGAACAAUACUAGUCUAACUAAUGAAAUGUUUAACUUAAGUAAUAUGACCAGAAAUGAAUUUUACUUUUAGCGUAGCACGAAAGAAGAGCUAGAACUAUUAAAAAUACCUUAUUACUUUAAUAUGUUUUUGAAUUGCAAUCUGUCAGGUGUUGGCUAAGGACUUAAACUCCUUUCAAGCUUAACAAGUUUAACAAUUUAACAAUAUAAAUAAAAACCUAAUAUAUUAGGAUUAACAGAUUUGUACCAUUCAAUAUAAGAGCUUCCAAAUUUAAGGUCUUUAGAAGUAUCUUUUCUAAAUUGUCCAUUCCCUUGUGAACUUAUUAGGAAGUUGUGUGAAUGUUUUGGUAAACUUGUUAAUUUAGAGAGCUUAACAUUUAUAAUUAACUAACUUGUAAUUGAAGAGAAAGAGAAAUGCUAAAUUCCUUCAUUAGGAACAUCACUAAAAAAAUUAGUAAACUUAUAAAAACUUUGUUUUAAUAUUAAUUAUGAAUUUGCUGAAGAAAGUUACAAAAAAUUAGGUUAUGGCAUUAACUCUUUGAAAAAUUUGUAGAGCUUAGAGUUCCUAGCAUACGAUUAUAAGCAAGUAUAAGGAUGGUUUUCAGAAAUAAAAAAUCUAAAAACCUUAAUUUUGAAUUACAAAUUCGAAACUCCUUCUAGAGCAUAAAAUACGACAAUGUUUUAAUAAAUUUUCAAUGAAAUAUCUCAUAUAAAAACAUUGAAUUGUUUCAAAAUAAUAAAUUACAAAGGUUACAUUAUGGGAAUUUUUUAAUUCCCUGUUCUCAAUAUAUUAAAUGCAUUAAGAUAGCUGAGAUAUUUCGAAAUAAAUAAUUCAACCUUAAAAUAAGAAAAGCAACACCUAUUGAACUAAGCAUAUAGAACUUAGAAAAGAUUGAUUUCACUUAAAAUAUGA